AUCCCAAAACUCCAACAACCGUUCCACGCAGAAUAUUUUCUCAAAAUGCGCGCUAUUAUUCUCGCUGCCGCAGUUCCAACAGCGCUAGCUUUUUGGAAUGAAAAACUCUGCAAUGGCAACGGUGGCUGCAUAUCCUGGGGGUCUGGUCCAUCAAACCAUCCUUGGGUUUGCCCGGAUGGUAGCCGCCUGACUAUGCCUAUUUAUAUUGGCGACUGGCGAGAUGCUGGCGCAGCAAGCGUUCCAGCUGCGACCCAGGAAGAAUUUCCCAAGACUUGCUACGGUGGGAAAUAUCCUGCUCCUGGUGAGAAGCUGAUGAAAACUACCACACGUGGUGGUCAAACACUAUAUACAUGGAUAUCUUCGAACUGCAAAGACGGGAAGCCAGCAGCGCCAGGCAACUGUUAUCACUUCAAUCCCAAUCCAUCAGUUACCAAUUUUUGCGCAAUGUAUGACCCGAAGGGAGGCCAAUGUAAGACAAACAGGGAUGCAGGAGAGUGUGAACGUUGGGGCGGUACUACUGUACGACCGCAGUGCAAUUACUGGAAGCCAGGCCUUCAGGAUCUUCCUGAUCCGAGUUAUCAGGGCAAAGGUGAUGAAUAGAGACCUUAUUCACGUGUUUAACUAUGUAUACCAAUCUGACAGUAUGCCUCC